UAUGUCUCAUAGUACAGGUCUGCUGGUGACCAAUUCUCUCAGUGUUUUGUCUCAAAAGAUUUUAUUUGCCUUCAUUUUUAAAGAGUAUUUUCCAUGAAUAUAGGAUUCUAGGUUGGCAGGGUUUUUUUUUUUCCUUUAGCACUUUAAAAAUGUCAUUCAGUUGUUUGAUGGCUUGCAAAUUUUCUGAUAAGAAGUUACUCUUUGUGCCUCUGUAAAGAACAGGUCGUCCCCACCCCCCACCCCCCACAGCUGCUCUAAGAUUUUUCUCUUUAUCACACUAGUUUUCAGCAAUUUCAUUAUGGUGUGUUUUGGUGUAUGUGUGUGGUUUUUUUGGUUUUGUUGUUUGUGUGUUUAGUCUGCAUAGGGAUUGGUUCUCAUCAAAUUUGAGGGAAAAAUUCCAGCCAUCAUUUUUUCAACUAUAUUUUUAUCCUUUUCCCUCUUUUCCUCAUCUCAGAUUCCAAUCACAUAUGUGUUAGGUGCUUUUCUGUUAUCCCAGGUCACUGAGACUGUUUUUUAAAUAUCUUUUUUUUCUUUCUGAUCUUCACUUGGGAUAGUUCCUAUUGCUAUGUCCUCAAGUUUUCUAAUAUUGGAGGGGAGGGGAUUCAUUGUCUAAUCUGCUGUUAAUCACAUCCAGUGAAAUUUUUAUUUUAACUGUCAUAGUUUUCACCUCCAGAAGUCCCAUUUGGAUCUUGUUUAUAUUGCCCAUUUUUUUCAUUAUGUUUCUGUUUUUCUUUCAAUACUUAUCCAUAGUUAAACUAGCUGUUAUCCUUGUCUGUAAGUUUCAUUUUUGAGUGUUUCCUAUUGACAUGAUUUUCCUUGCCAUGGGUCACAUUUUCCUGCUUCUUGGCAUUUCAGUAAUUUUUUUCUUGGAUGUUGGACAUCAUAGAGAUUAUAUUGUUGAGUGUCUAGAUUUUGUUGUUUCACUUUGAGAAGUGUUGGACUUCCUUUUUGGGAGGUAGUUAUUUAUGGAACAGCUUCAUCACGUUGAAGCUUAUUUCUAAGCUUUUCUAGAGCAGGUUCAGGGUAGCUGUGACUCCAGGGGUCAGUCAGUCGUACUACAAGGCCUGGCCCCUCUGAUUCUAUACUGAAUGCCCUCGGUGAUCACGGAGGACUCUCUACCCUGGCUGGUUGGAUACUGAACAUCUCCCUACCUUUGUGUGUCCUGGAAAUUGUUCAGCUUAAAGCUUCCUGGUCAUUCUUUUCCUAGUCUUUGGGAGUUUUAUUAUGCACGCAUGUUAGGAAAAGUUCAAGGGGAGCCUUCUGCUGAUUUUUUGGAGCUCGUUUUUCCUGCAUAGCUCCCUCCUUUCUGGAACUGUGUUCUGCAGCCUCUAGCUGCAUCAGCUGCCCCAAAUGCUAGUCUGUGUCUUGAUGGAGCCACCAAGCUCUGUUUGAGUCCCCCCCUUCCCUACACUCUCAGUCUGGCAGUUGCCUCUAGGCAGAGCCGGGGCAAUGAUAAGGCUCAUCUCCAUUGUGUUUCUUCUGUUGGGAUCAUGAUCCAGCACUUCCUGCUGUCCAAUGUCUGAAAACUUGUUUCACAGCUAUUUUGUCCAGUUGUCUACUUGUUUAUGGCAGGACAUCAUCUGUUCCUUGUUACUCUAUCAUGACCAGAAGUGGAAGUCUCUGUCUAUCCCUUUUAAUAUAAUAUCUAAUUUUAUGCAAAAGUCUUUCUGGAGUAUCUGGGUUUUCUACUCCGUGAGCUACUGGAAAAAUGCCUCCUCAGUCAGGUCUGGAUUGAAUUGAAUUGACUUGAUAUCAGAACAGAAACCAUAAUCCUGUUUCUUUGAACUCACUGAAAUGGGAGGCCUAUGAUGCAUACACGUUUGUGGUAUCUUAAUUACAAUAUUUCACAUAUUUUGCAAUCUGGGAGAAAAAGGUAAAUUGUACAUAUCGUUCAGAUCUUUUAUUUAGCAGCUUGGUAUUUGAAGAUCUUUUCUUUGCAGCUUCUUUUUUUCCAGCAAUUUUGUUCAACUUUUCAUUUUGUCAGACAUACCACAGAAAUGGUCUCGUCUGCAUCUCUCUCGCUGUCACCUGGUUCAUUGUUUCAGUUGAAUGGGGUAUGGCCUCUAAAGGGCCUUGCUUCUGGUCAAGAAGACAUAGCUUCUCUUGCCUCCAGUGGCCCAAUCUGGUUUUUCUGUUGCCCCUACAAAGUUGGAAAGGUCUCUCACUUCUCACUUAGUUAGUUCUUCUGAUAUUCUUUUGGGGAAGCUUCGUUCCUGGGCAGUGUGAGCACUGACCUCUUUGAGGCCGGCUGCUAAGGAAACCUGCGGCCGGCCUGUCUCUGAGAGUCAGUCUCGCUACCAUUCGUUCUGCAUCUGUGUCUAUAUUCUCUGGGCUGUUCCUGGGCCAACAUUCAUUCGUUUUGUUUGGGUUCUCUCUGGCCUGCCUGUAUUCUCUGCUAGCCUGUUUUCUCCACUGUUUGGGGUCUGUUUUCUUAGGCAUACCUGUGGCUCCGGCUUGUCACUCAGCUGCUGUGCAAGAGAAGACUGAAUAAGAUUUAAAACCAGGGAAAAGGAAAUCACUAGUCUUGUCCUAGGUGACCCAGAGACAGGGCUAUUGUCACUCAUGGCUCUUUUCACUUUCCUUAGCUCUGCCUGCCCCUCCAGGGUCUUGCCCUUCCCCAGGAUGGACCCCCAGGAAACCAGGUCCCGGCAGGCCCUCUUGAGACCCUUGAGGCCCAGGAUUCAGUGACAUUUGAUGACGUGGCCCAGUACCUCACAAAAAAGGAGUGCCUGAGACUGGACGCUGAGCAGAGGACACUGGCAUACUACAGGAAUGUGAACUCCGUGGGCACUGAGGAGUGUGAACAGGCAGAAAGGGAGGACCAGCUCUUCACAACAAGUCCCUGGCACUCCACCCAGCAGGAGUUCCUGUUUUGAUUGCCGCCUGGCUCCUCACCUGGUACAAGGCCACGUGGUGCUGGCAUCUGAGCCAUCCCUGAACACAGACUGAGAGUACAGUGUCUUGCGGUGCCCAUCUCCAAAAGCAUCUUGGUGACACAACAGCAGAGAAUGGGUGAAGACGCUCAGCCCCAGGAGAUGGCGUCCACCAGCUCCCCGAUGGCCGGUGCACCCAGCCCUGAGGUCAAACAGAGCAGAGACUUGGAGGGGAGUGGGGGGAGCCCCCAGAACCUGCCCAUAGAACAUCACUUUGCAUGUAAGGAGUGUGGGGAUGCCUUUCGGCUCAAGGUCCUCCUUGUGCAGCACCAGAGAAUUCACAGCGAGGAGAAGGGCUGGGAGUGUGGCGAUUGCGGGAGGGUCUUCAGGGGCGUCUCUGAGUUCAACGAGCACCGGAAGAGCCACGUGGCUGCAGAGCCCCAGCCAGGGCCCAGCCGAGCGCCGGAAGAUGCCAUGGAGGAAAGGGAGCAAAUGGAGAGGGAGGCGAAGCCCUUCGAGUGUGAGGAAUGUGGGAAGAGAUUCAAGAAGAACGCGGGCCUCAGUCAGCACCUGCGCGUCCACAGCAGAGAGAAGCCGUUUGACUGCGAGGAGUGUGGGCGGUCCUUCAAGGUGAGCACCCACCUCUUUCGCCAUCAGAAGCUCCACACUUCCGAAAAGCCGUUCGCCUGCAAGGCAUGCGGCAGGGAGUUCCUGGAUCGCCAGGAGCUCCUCAAGCACCAGCGCGUGCACACCGGCCACCUGCCCUUCGACUGUGACGACUGCGGCAAGUCCUUUCGGGGUGUCAACGGCCUGGCCGAACACCAGCGCAUCCACAGUGGGGCCAAGCCCUAUGGGUGUCCCCACUGCGGCAAGCUCUUCCGGAGGAGCUCGGAGCUCACCAAGCACCGCCGGAUCCACACGGGCGAGAAGCCCUACGAGUGUGGCCAGUGCGGCAAGGCCUUCCGGCAGAGCUCCAGCCUCCUGGAGCACCAGCGCAUCCACACCGGGGAGCGGCCCUACGGCUGUGGCGACUGCGGCAAGGCCUUCCGGGGGCCCUCCGACCUGAUCAAGCACCGGCGGAUCCACAGCGGACUGAAACCCUACGAGUGUGACAAAUGCGGGAAGGCCUUCCGACGGAGCUCCGGCCUGAGUCGCCACCGGAGGACCCACAGCGGAGCGAGACGCUGCGAGUGCAGUGAGUGUGGCCGCGUGUUCAAGAGGCGGGCGGCACUGCAGAAGCAUCAGCCAACCCACCAUGACUAGACGAGGCCCCGAGGCCCACGGCCCCAUGGCCCCAAGGCCGGCGGGGGCUUCCCGCAGGGGGCGAGUCCCUAGAGGGGAGGGCAGAGUCAAAGGAGAUGACCAGUUUUGUAGCACUUAUGUGUGUUCUCGUCCGGAAGGUUGAACCCAAUUUAUACCGUCACCAGCAAUUUAUAAGUGCACACGUUUCCCAUUUUGCCUGUUGAGAGUUGCUUCUACGACAUUCUAAUUUAUUUUGACUCGUUUAACUGGCAGGAAGUACCCUCAAGGUAUUUGACAUCCACGGGCCUUGAAGCAGGAGAAGGAGAGAAGAGACACCUGCCUGCGGGGGUGAAGGGGCUCGCAGGACCUCUUCUCCAGGCCGCUCCCUCAGGAGCGACUCAAUGACGGCCUCCGUGUGACGGGACCCCAGCUCUCCUGGAGAGAACAAAGCCCCAGAGUCGUUUGGCCUACUUGAAUUUAUAAAUUUUUAGGGAUGUAAAUAGAAUACUCAAAUGUCUUAUAAUAUUUAAUUUAUUAAUUCAGUUAUACAUGCAUAUUGUAAAUCACAUACUACAUAGAAUAAUAUAUUAAUUUAGAAAAGCCACCUGUUUUUCCCUCACUCCAUUCCACAAGAUCAUUUUAUCCUAAAGCCUCACACGCAACUCUAACCUCACCAUCUUCCCCAACCUCGCAGCCCCCUCUUGAGUCAUCCAACAGUUUCAAAGCACAUCCAAUGGCUUCAACUCAUCCAAGCUGUGUGCCAUGUAGCACUGUGACAAUCCCUGCACAAAGCUCUCGCUAGAAGUUUCCUCCCAAGCCAUAAGUACCUGUUCACAUAACAUUAGGACGAUUGUUGGUUUCUUCAAUUUGUCCUGUAGCCCUACAACAUAACCACUUGAUGUGUUUGCCUUUUCAAAUGACCUUUAAAAGACUUUUUUGAAGCAUC